AUGCCUGAGAGGGCACCUGCUUCCCCGUCCACGCUGGCAGAAGCCAAAGCCUCGUCUCCAGGUCAAGCAGUGGCAGUGAUGCUUGCCUUCUAUGGACACCAUCGGGACUCUUCUCCACGGCCUCCCUACAGUUUUCUUUCCAAAGGGAAAGCCAAAGCCCGUUGCCUUAGGAUGAGUCAAGCUACCUGGUGCUGGACGAACACCACCUUUGAGGGGAACGGGGGACGCCCAGUGCACCCGCUGCUCAGCAAAGGGACAGGCACUAUUCCCAUGCCAGGCAGCCUUUGGGAGGUUGGCCUCCUUCCUCUGCCUCGCGGAGGGGAUAGCCAGGCUGCUCGUGGCCCUUCUUCCCUCUGCCCACGUGGCGGUGUCUUCGCGGAGGAUGUGGACACACACUUGCGACCUGGAGUUCGCCAUGUCAAUCGGCAGGAGGAAGACAAGUUGGCUGGGCCCCUUGUUGGGGUGCCAGCAGCAGGUGACAGUGGGGAGCAGGAGUGUGCGAGUGCCCCUUGUGCAAUGGGGCUUCCAUUUGCUUGUUCUUCUACUUCUCCGCACCCUGAGAUGGGAAGCACUGCGGCGCAGAAGAAGAUAGGUCGGUCACACAAUUACGAAGCAAGCACGCGCAGCCCGAGUUCAAGUGUAUGCCCUUCACCCCUGUGCGCACUGCCUUACCUGUCCGCCCUGGUGGGUGAGGCCUUCCCCUGCGGGCACUGCGGGUUAGGCCUCAAUUCCAACUGUGGGAGGGGCCUGGCUGGGGAAAGCAGAGCUCCUGGACACUCCCCACAUCAGCUCAUGCUUUCACCUGGACACUCCACCGUCCUCGGCCUUGAAACUGCACGCCGUCAUUACUGUGAAAGCUCCAUGACGUCACCUUCAUUCAGACAGUUCGAUGGUGCAAAAUAUCAUGUACAAAAAUGGCCCGGAAUGCAUUGA